AUGGCCUCCCACCGCAUCGGCGCCCGCGUCGCGGGCCUCUCGCCAGCGCAGCUGUGCGCCAUCAUCGAGGCGCAGGCGGGCGCGAGCGACGCCGCGCUGCGCGUGGCGGAGGAGCACGCCGCUCGGCUCGUAGAGCAGCCCGAGUGGGUGCUCUCCGAGGUCCUCCUCUCGCCGGACCUCGCCCCGCACAUCCUCGCCCAGCUGCCGACCACGGAGCACGCCGCCAAGGGGACGAUGGUGAAGAGCAGUCAGGCUCGGACUGGACACCAGCGCGGUGUUGACGCGAGAAAGAAGAUUUCAGCCCGCGGCUGGUCUGUUGCUCGACCGACCCCUUCGUGCGCACCCCCGAUGGACGCCUUCGUUGAGCCUGUCUUUGGCGAGCGAUCGCUCUUCGAGUACAUCGCGUGCUUGCUUCCGUCGCAAGCGGACUGGCGAGGCUGA